AUGCGCAACACGCUCAUCUUUGCGGGCAAUUCGUGCCCUGUUCUCACAAAGCAGAUAUGUGAGAACUUGGGCAUGACGCCGGCCGACGCAGAGCUGACUCAAUUCUCCAAUGGCGAGACAAGCGUACGAAUUCUCACGAGCGUCCGGGAAAAGGAUGUCUUUGUCGUCCAGUCGGGCAGUCCCAAGAUUAACGACUCCAUCAUGGAGCUGCUGAUCAUGAUCAAUGCUUGCAAAGGCGGCUCGGCCAACAAGAUCACAGCUGUCCUUCCAUACUUUCCCUACAGCCGCCAGUCCAAGAAAAAGUCUCACCGAGGCGCUAUCACCGCCCGCAUGUUGGCCAACCUGCUUAACGUCGCUGGCGUCAAGCACGUUAUCACGGUCGACCUGCACGCAUCGCAGAUGCAGGGCUUCUUUCGAUGCCCGGUCGACAACCUGCACGCCGAGCCUAUCAUCGCUCGCUGGAUUCGUCGCAACGUGCCACAAUGGAAGGAGGCUGUAGUCGUGUCCAAGAACGCCGGUGGCACGAAACGUGUGACGUCUCUGGCUGAUGCGCUCAAGCUCAACUUCGGCAUGGUGACGACGGACCGAAAGCGAACCACGAACAUGUCUCAUAGCAUGAUUAUGAAUCACUUUGACAGAGAAAAUCGUUCACCAGCCCUGGAGACAUCCACCUCGGCCAGCAUUCGCCCCAGCCGUGAUGCUGAAGAGGUAUUCGCCUCCCAGCAAGCCCAAGCCAGGAAAGCGGUCAUCUCAGCGGACUCGCAAGGGUCUCCUAAGCGGUCGCCUGCUGCCGCAGAAAAGGUCGAAAGCGGAAACGUGACGCCGACCCGCAAUGGCAGCACUACCCCGUCUACAAGCUCUACCGGCGCAGCUGCUCAGGACGAAGAAGGCUACGAUGAUCAUCGGCCACAGGAGGUCACUCGCGGACGACUCAUUCAAGGUCACGUUGUUGAGGAUGAUUUCCCCUCUCCCGAGCAAGAACAGAGCGAUGCUGAGGAGGACCCUAUGGCCAUGUCGCGUGCUUCAUCCUUCUUUGUUCCGGAAAAGCAGGCGCUCGGUGGGAGCAGCGAUCCCACUGCUAGCUCUGACGAGGAGGACAACGUCUUCCAAGACACCAAGACCGAGCACAUGAUUACCCUUGUCGGUGACGUGAAGGACAAGACUGUCUUCCUAAUAGAUGACAUGAUCGACAAGCCCGGAUCGUGGAUUGCCGCCGCCGAGACAGUCGUCAAGCGAGGCCGAGCCAAAAAGGUGUACUGCAUUGCGACGCACGGCGUUUUUGGUGCGGACACUUUGGAGCGACUACAGGCAUGCGAGUGCAUCGACUCGAUUGUCGUGACCAACAGUUUCCCCAUCAGCCAGGACCGCGUCAAGGGCAUCACCAAACUGGUCAUUCUCGACUUGUCGAUUCUACUUUCGGAGGCUAUCCGACGCAACCACUACGGAGAGUCAAUCUCGCCUCUGUACCAGCACACGGACUAG